AUGGUCCAUGCUCACAAUUCCCCUUCUCAAAGGAUCCAUCUUGGGACUGAUUUGCGCACCAUUGCUAACCAGAUUGGUAACCAGCCUUGGGGUUUGGGCAGAGAUUUUAAUGUCAUUAGAUAUUGUCAUGAAAAGCAAGAUGGUGAACACUUAGACAUGGAUGCCAUGGACUCUUUCAAUGGUUGUAUCGAAGACAUCGGUGUCAAUGAUCUGAGGUGCGCUGGUUUCCCUUUCAUUUGGAGCAACAAAAGGACUGGUAAUCAACGCAUUGCCUGUAAGCUGGACAGAGUGCUGGUUAAUGAAGAGUGGUUAUCAUCAUUCCCUUCUUCCCAUGCUUCUUUUGCCAGCCCCGACAUAUCUGACCAUUCCCCCAUCUCAUUAGCUAUUCAACCCUCUACUUCAUUUGGUCCUAAGCCAUUCAAGUACUUUGACAUGUGGUCCUCCCACCUCUCUUUUUUGGCUACAGUUCAGGAAGCUUGGGACAAGCCUGUAUUAGCUUUCUCUACGCCCCUCAUUGCUUUCUCUAAGAAGUUUCGAAAUGUGAAAACUGCUCUUAAAGAAUGGAACUCUUAA